AUGCAAACCAGGUGCAAUGCCUGCCGACAGAGAAAGACGGCGUGCGACGGCGCGCAACCGCGGUGUGGACUGUGUCUGCGGAGCCAGUUCCAAUGCGAGUACACGGCUCGCAGUCGAGCGCCGGGUCUGCGUGCCGGAUAUGUCUCGCAGUUGGAGCAGCGAAUAGAGCAACUCGAAGGUCGCUUGGCACAAGUCGAAGCCCGGCUCGACCAUGCGGCGAGCCACGCAAGCGCGAGCAAUGGAACGGGAACGGUUCAGGAUGGAAGCCGUCGGAGCAUGGAAGGGGAAGCCAUCCCGAUGCCGAUGGUCGACAAUGAUAAUGCCAUCGAAAACGAUGCCGUUCCUGCGCACGAGCACACGCGGGCAGAUGCCGCACGGGAGACGUCCAGCAGUCCUUCGCAGAGCUUCGUGCCCAAGCCAUUGCUUUCGGAAGCGAUCGAGGUCUGGUUCCGUGAAUGUCAUCCGUGGUUCCCCAUCCUGCACCAGCCCUCGUUCGUGCGCAUUGUCGAGCAGCCAGACAUCGUCGUUCCACGGGAAAGGGAGCUUGUGGUCCUUGCCAUCACGCUGGCCACGGCGGGCCGAUUGCGAGACACAUCACUCGACCAAGCCAGGGCACAGCAGUGGCGGCAUGAGUUGAUGGCGUCUGUGCUGACCAGAGCGGUGGCCCACGCCUCGCUGGACUCCAUCCACGCAUUGCUCAUUUUGUCCACCCUCUCUUACGGCGAGGGAAGACUCAUGGAAGCGUGGAAUCUGCUGGCCAUUGGCCGCCGCAUUGGUGCGCAUCUGAGUCUGGAUAUCAUGACGGAUCAGACCGCUCCGAUGGCCACCACGCCCACAGCACUUCGGCGCUUGCCCAAGCAUACCAAUCUUGUCAUCGCGCAUGAGGAGAAGAUCCGCGCGUUCUGGAUGACGAGAAUGCUGGACAAUAUCUCGGUGAUAGGUGCGAGAUACGAGGCAGGCUCGGCAACACUUCCCGGUGAUCCAUUGCUGCCAUGUAGCGAUUCGUUCUGGGCCUCGCCCAACAUCAUCCUGAACGAGAGCCAAGUCAGGCCCUUUGGAUACUGUUCCGCAUUCAGUCUCUGCAUCAUCUUGGCGGUCAGUGAGCUGUCCUACGUUCACCAAUUCUUGCGGAAGCCCGUCAACAUGGCCAAUUUCGAAGAGCGUGAUGCUUGGCAAAGCGAGGCGCAACAGAUCGACGAAAGACUCACGGCCUGGCGCGACGAAUUCGUGGCAGCCUUCUUCCGUUUGGCGAAUGCAGAGUAUGCGCAGCACGACCGACCAGAGAUGGAUUCAUCGCCAUGUCCACACGGAGUUGAGCAAGUGGUCGAGCCGUGGGCGUUCGCGAGUAAUCGCUGCGUCUAUGCGAGCGAGAACACAGCCUUCAAGAUCCGCCAGAUGCAUGAGGAUGAGCUGAUCAACUGCCACCCGCACCUGGUCUUUUCCAUCUUUGUCGCCGCGCGAUUCUACAUUGUGCACUCAAAGGCGCUGGACGCUAAUGUGCCGACUAAUUUGCAUUCAUUGGCUUUUGCUCUGCACACGUGCGGGAAGCGCUGGCCUCUUGCACGGCUGUUUGAGCAUAUCAUACGCGUUGCGGUUGCCGAGUAUCGAACACCGAUAGCCCUCUCGACCGUGCCCAAGGAGUUUUACGAUCUUCGAUUGACCACAUUCGAGAUAGCGGAGUCGUUGAUUGAUUGGGCACAAGGUCCAGGAUCACACGAGGCCGCUGACCUGGAGUCGAUCCAACCCCAUGCGGCUACAGCAUUCAGACCAAUGGCCAUCGAUGCUCUGGCGUGA